ACACACAAAAGAGUUGAGUUUUUUGUUGCCACAUUCCAAAUUCAUAAAAGGCCAUGCCCGUCAUCAGGUUGGAGUCCUCCGAUGGUGUUGUUUUCGACACCGAUGCCGAAACUGCCAAAUGUUCGGGCACCAUUAGACAUAUGCUGGAGGACUGCCGCCUGGAGGAUGAGGUGGAGGAGCAACCCUUGAUACCCGUGCCCAAUGUGAACUCCACAACGCUGCAGAAAAUCCUGAGCUGGGCUCAGUACCACAGGAAUGACGUUCCGACCGCGGAAGAAGACGAAACGGAGAAAUAUCCCGUUUGUCAGUGGGAUGCCGACUUUCUGGCAACUGUGGAUCAGGGCACGCUCUUCGAGCUGAUCAUGGCCGCCAAUUACUUGGACAUUAGGGCACUGAUGAAUGCCGCCUGCCAGACGGUGGCCAACAUGAUCAAGGGCCACACAUCCGACGAGAUUCGCCUCAUCUUCAACAUUCCACGGGAGGCCACAGAAGAGGAUUUGUGUGAAAAUGAGAGCAGCGACAGCGAAGAUGAUAACUAAAUUAAUGGCAACAAUCUCUCUGCAUUGAGAAA